AUGUCAUUUGCUCGCCUGGAGGAUGCAAGGAAUGCACUGAAUCUGAACGGGCAGUUGGAGAUUGCAGGUCGUGCAAUCAAGAACAACGGUGAUCUGGAUGAUGAUGAUGGACAGGUCCUUGUAAGUAGUUUUCUUAAGCUUGCUAACUUAUCCUCCAAAAGAGAACAUAUCUCAUCGCCUCGCUGCAGUGCUAUCUCCAUUGGUGGCUCCUCUCGUAAAAGGGGGUUUUCCGCUGUUGUCGGUAUUCCAGCUGUGGUCGACCCUGUUGGUGCCCCCAGCGAAUGUCUACUGCUUAAAAACAUGUUUGAUCCCUCUACAGAGACUGAACCUGAGUUUGACUUUGACGAGCAUAUCAAAGAAGAUGUUAAAGACGAAUGCUCCAAAUUUGGAGAACUGAACCAUAUCUUUGUUGACAAAAACAGCAUAGGUUUUUUGUCUACUUGCCAUUUGAAAAUGCGCAAGCAGCAAUGGGAGUGUAACGUGCUCUCCAUGGUAGAUGACUACGAAGCCAAGUUCCCUGAGAGGAAGUAG